UUCCGGAGACCUUGGCCACAGUCGCCCUGGUGAGAGGCAGGCUGCGGAGGGGCGCAGCAGACAAGAGCGCGCUCAGAGCCUCUGGACAGGACAGCCGAGGCCAGGCGGGCAGGACAGCUGUCCCCAGGCCCAGCUUCCCGCCCGCCAUGCUGCCUGCAGCGCCCGGCACAGGGGGCGCGAGUCUGGACUGGACCCCCUGUGGCCCAGCGGCUCCAGGGAUGACAAAAGAUAUCAUAGUGAUGUAUGAAGAAGACGCUGAGGAAUGGGCCCUGUACUUGAGGGAAAUAUUUUUGCAUAUUGUGAAAAGAGAAACCAUCCUGUUAUAUCGCUUGGAGAAUUUCUCUCUUAGACAUUUGGAAUUGCUAAGCUUGAACUCUUACAAAUGUAAACUUUUGAUAUUAUCGAAUAACCUGCUUAAGGAUCUAACUCCAAAGAAAUGUCAGUUUCUGGAAAAAAUACUUCACCCACCAGAAACUGUAGUCACUCUACUUUGUGGAAUGAGAAGUUCGGAUCAGCUCUAUAAAUUAUUAAGCAUCCCUGUGAGCAGAUGGGAGAUCUCAACCAAGCAGGAGCCCGAAGACUACAUCUCUGUAAUCAAGCGAGUCAUAUUCAGAGGCUCUGAAGACUACCUUGAGGUCAACACUCCAACUCACCUAAGAGUGAAACACUCUGGAGAAAUAAAUGAGAGAAAUGAAAUUGAAGACUUAGAAGUUUCAAGAGGUGUCAUGCCACUGGUAAUGGUGAUUCCUGCUGAAAUUCCAUGUGAGUUGAAACCAGAAUUGAACCUUGAUAGAGAGCAUGAAGUCAUUGGUGAAGCUUUGGAGGUUGAAUUUAUAUCAACUAAUAAGCACAUUAGAACACGGCCAGCACUUUGGAAUAAGAAAGUCUGGAGUAUGAAAGCUUUAGAUUUCCCUGCUGGCUCAGUCACUGUCAAUGUCUACUGUGAUGGAAUCAUUAAAGCCACCACACAGAUUAAAUACUAUACAACUGCAAAGGCAAAGGAACAUCCGUGUGUAGCAGCAGAUCCAGGAGAGGAUUUGUGCCAGAAUAACAUCAAAGAACUUGAUGGCGUUCUUGCAUCCAUAUUCAAACACGAGAUACCAUAUUAUGAGUUCCAGUCUUAUCAAAAUGAAAUUUAUGCUCAAAAACAAUAUACUCAUGUCAAAGAACUUCCAACACUUCUCCACUGUGCAGCAAAAUUUGGCUUAAAGAACCUGGCUAUUCACUUGCUUCAAUGUUCAGGAGCAACCUGGGCAUCGAAGAUGAAAAAUACAGAUGGUUCAGACCCAGCACAUAUUGCUGAAAAGCAUGGUCACAGAGAACUCAAGAAAAUCUUUGAAGCCUUUGCAAUUCAAGACAUUGUCAGAAAUAAUGAGCAAGAAAAUGACUACGAAGACGAUACUAUCUCAGUUUCUACUUAUUCUUCUUCCACGCAAUACCCACCUUCUCACCAUGCAAGCGGAAAAACACAUGGGCCAAGUGCAGAUGGAGAUGAGACUUCUGACAGGGAAGUGGAAGUAAAGGAGACUGAAUCAGGUGCAGAAGCCAGGCACAGCUCGCUAGAGGCUGACAGUGAAAGUUCUGAGAAUCAGUAUGAUGACUUAUAUGUGUUCAUUCCUGGAAUUGAUCCAGAACAUAACUCACAAGAUACACUCAUGUGCUGCAGACCACCACCACCCCCACCACGACCUAUAUCUGCUGCUUCCCAACUGGAAAGACCUCACUUCACAUUACAAGGGAAAAUGGUGGAAGACCAAAUGGAAAGAAUUCAAAUCUGGAGUGAUCCUAUUGUAAGACAAGAAACAAGAGAUGAACCCAAAAGAGAAGAAGCAAAGGAAGAAGACGGGAAGGAGCAGCAGGAGGAGGAAGACCCCUACACAUUUGCUGAGAUUGAUGACAAUGAAUAUGACAUGAUUCUGGCCAACAUGAGUUUAAAGAAAAAAACCGGAAGUCGAUCUUUCAUUAUAAACAGACCUCCUGCCCCCACUCCCCGUCCCACAAAUAUCCUUCCAAAAGAAGAGACAACACCUUACAUAGCUCAAGUGUUCCAACAAAAGGCAGCCAGAAGACAAUCUGAUUGUGACAAGUUCCAUGGUGUUCCUAAGAAACCAGGUACUGAUGUUAACUUCAGUCUGCUUAGUAAUCGCUAA